AUGCAAAGAUCAAUUUUUUUUAUUAAAUUCUUCGCCCCAGACAACAUUGUGGCCAAGUCACGUUUCUGGUAUUUCUUGCGUCAAUUGAAGAAGUUCCAGAAGACCACCGGUGAAAUUGUCUCCCUCAAGCAGGUGUACAAAACUUCGCCAACUAAAAUCAAGAACUUUGGCAUCUGGUUGCGUUAUGACUCGCGUUCCAGCACACACAACAUGUACCGUGAAUACCGUGAUCUGACUGCCGGUGGAGUCGUCACUCAGCGUUACCGUGAUAUGGGUGCACGUCAUUGUGCUCGUGCCCAUUCAAUCCAGAUCAUCAAGGUCAGUGCUAUUGCUGCCAGCAAAUCUCGCCAAGUGCAUGUCAACCAAUUCCACAACUCCAAGAUAAAGUUUCCAUUGGUACAGAGGGUACACCACAAGGGCAACAGGAAGCUCUUCUCGUUCAGGAAGCCCAGGACAUACAUCUUGUAGGAAGUUACAUUGGAGUUUUGUUUUUUAUAAGAAAUUUUUGAU